AUGCCUGAUGGUGGCUGGAAACAGCCUGAAUCGUCGAAACCAAAACCAUCUGUUAGUGUUCCUGUCAGUUGGUCAAAAGAAUCUGGUGGUGGACCAAAAUCAUCAAAAGGUCCUACAUUUUCUAUGGAAGAAUCAUCUGAUGAGUUAGAAGAAUCAUCAAUCGAAUUACAAAAAUUAAAAACAUCACCACCUAGAACUGAUGUAGCGAAAUCUAUCGGUCAAAAAGAGAAAGGUCCUGGUAUUUUAUCUUCAAGUGAUUUCAGCAAAUCUAAAGAAUCAUCAUCAUCAUCAACUAGUGAUGAAAGCUAUGAAGAAGAAUCUGAAGAAUCUUCGAAAGAAAGACCGUCAAGUGGUGGUGGUGGUGGUGGUUUUAGUUUUGGACCAGCGAAAAAAUCACCAUCAUCAACAACAAAAUUUAAUCGUAAUAAUGGACAUUAUUGA